GUUUCACGAAGAAGCUCUUCCGCCCUCAGGUGUACAGACAGAAAACUGCACCCAGUCUACUCUAGACCACAGUAAUCUACUUGUACAGUACUGAAGCUGGAUUUGCAGCAAUUUUUAACCAUGGAAGUGGACAUACAAAACUAGCUUAACGCCUGUUGAUAACUCCCUGUACGAUUUUCCCUCCUCUCGAUACGCAUUUAUUGUGAAGGAAACCUACCGGAAGUGAUAUAUCUAGGUAGCUCCGGGAGGCCGAAGCCAUGGACUAUCAGAUAGAAGAAGAGGCUGGGUUCGUCGUUGAAGACGUGAGCACAAUCAUAAAAGAGUCGGUGGAAGCAACCAUAGGAGGAAAUGCCUACCAGCACAACCGAGUGAACCAGUGGACCACCAGUAUAGUGGAGCAGUGCCUCAGUCAGCUCAGCAAGCUGGGAAAGCCUUUCAAAUAUAUCAUAACCUGUGUCAUCAUGCAGAAAAAUGGAGCAGGUAUGCAAACAGCCAGCACAUGCUUCUGGGACAACUCUACUGAUGGAAGCUGUACAGUGAGAUGGGAGAACAAGUUUGUGUACUGCAUUGUCAGUGUAUUCGGGCUCGCCAUCUGAACCUACAUCACCAAACCCACUGAUUGUGUCCACGUUUUUGAGAACUCCCGCUGUUUGUUUUGGGAUUUGAUAUGUUCAUUUUGUGUGUUAAGAGAGAUUUAUUAAAAAUGAUAUGCCUUAUGUA